AUGAUGUUUUGGUUGACUGCAGAGGUGACAGAGGCUUACUGGAAGCUGUUGAAGGUUUUCCGAACCCCUACAAAGAUUAUGGAAAUAUUUAAGCUACUAAUUUAUACCAAGGACAAUGUGCAACCCCUUAUUGAUGGUUCUACUAAGAAACCGGUUAGCAGUGAAGUGCUGAAGCGGAAGAAUGUCUUAUUAUUCAUUUCAAGCCUAGACAUUUCUGAUGAUGACAUUUCAAUUCUUAGACCAAUUCAUGAUACAAUUAAGAAGGAAGAUCAAUAUAAGAUUAUAUGGAUCCCAAUUGUGGACGAAUGGACUGAGGUCUCAAAAAAGAAGUUUGAGAUCCUUUGUUCUAAGAUGCCAUGGUACGUGGUGCAGUACUAUUCACCAAUUGCAGGUAUUAGAUUCGUUAAGGAGAAGUGGAACUUCACGGGUAAGCCCUUUGUUGUGGUGCUGAACCCUCAAGGAAAGGUGGAAUGUGAGAAUGCAUUGCACAUGAUCAGGGUAUGGGGAAUAAAGGCCUUCCCUUUCACUUCCACAAGGGAGGAAAUUCUGACCACUUCAGGGGAAUGGAUUGGCUCCAUAGGAGCUGGAAUUCAUCCAAAUAUUGAGAACUGGAUCAAGGACCAAAAGUACAUCUUUUUCUAUGGAGGCAAGGACAAAGAAUGGAUCCAACAAUUCACUAAAAGAGCAACUGCUAUUGCCAAUGAUCCGGUGAUAAAAGAAGCAAAGAUUUCCAUAGAGUUGCACUGCAUUGGAAAGGGUAGCAAAGGAGAGGACGAUCUUGGCAUCCUUGGGCGAUUCUGGACUGGCAUUGAGAGCUUGUUCAUUUCCAAGACUCAAAGGAAGACUGAUACAGACGCUGUGGCACUAGAGAUCCAAAAAUUGCUAUCAUACAAGAAUGAGAGUGGAUGGGUUGUGCUCAGCAAAGGGUCAACUGUGGCACUCAGUGGGCAUGGGACAACUAUGUUGAAGGUUUUGGAGGACUUUGACAAAUGGAAGGAGGUUGUGCGAGAAAAGGGCUUUGAAUCCACUUUCAAAGAGUACCAUAACAAGGUUCUUCACACUGCUCACAUUUGUUGCCGCAUUGACAUUCCAAAGGCCAGUGGUAAAAUACCAGAGAACAUGAAAUGCCCCGAUUGUCCCCGAGUCAUGGAGACUUAUAUCAGCUUCAAGUGUUGCCACAUUGAUGGUGCCGCCAAUGGUCUUCAUUGAGUGGCCAACCUACUUUGGAUUAGCUAGUAUUGCUACUAAAUUAAAUAACAUGGUUGCGUUGGUAACCAGAUGCUAGUAGCAAAAUAAGUUUGUGACAUGACGUUGAUGCCACUUUUUUGUUCUAUGCUUUGUUAGUUUUGUUGUUCCUUUGUUUUGGUUUAUAAGAGGAAAUGUGUGUGUAAU